UAAGACGUUAGCUGCGAGAAGAWUUUAGUAAACUACAUUUUUUUAUAAGAAGCGUAUUAUAUACUAACAAUCAAAAUGAGAUUCUCAAAAACGCCUGUUAGUCGUUUAAGCCACGUUAUAGUAUUGGCAAUAGCUGUAUUGUUGCAAACCAUUCGGAAGGCUGAGUGUUUGUAUGAAGAUACUAUUUUGAACUUUUUGGAACAAUUACGUGUUCGCAUGUGUCAUCCUAUUCCACAGUUAGGAUUGCCAGCCUUGGAUCCUUUUCAAAUCCACCAURUCGAAACAGAAAUUAAUAACAAAUACUUAGUAGAUUUCACCGGCUCUGUCACUGAUUUCAACCUGACAGGAUUAUCCGAUUUUGAUWUAGAUUUGCGUAUUUCUACAAUACGAAAAUCAAUACUUGAUAUYACUUUACCAAUGGCAGAGUUUAAAUCCAUUUACACUGCGAAAGGAUCUUUGGCUUAUAUAUUGAAUUUGAGCGGUGAUGGUAAUGCACAAGCUCAUAUAAGAAACUUAAACUUGCAAAUAUCAUUUAAUUUGCGCAUCGGAAAAUACCUUAGCAUUAGAAAUUUGAGUAUUACGGUCACAGUAGGUGAAAUAUAUAUGGACUUCGAAAAUUUUCUCGAGGAGGAACGAAUAAAUGAUUUUUUGCAUGCUUUAGUCAACGAACUAGGCCUGGAACUAUUGGGGGAUCUUUGGAUUGUUGAAAAGGACUUCUCAGAGCAAUAUAUACAAGAGCGCAUUAAUACUUUUAUUGGUCAAUACACUCUAUCUGAUAUUUUAAACAUAAUUGGGGGUAGCGGCGCUGGCGAACCUAUAUUCGAUAGUGGACCCCCAGGUGAUUGCAAAGAUGAUAUUACCUUCAAUUAAGCUAUUAUCGAAAAAGAAAAAAACGUGAUAAGACUGAAAUAGCAAACAAAAGCUUGGUCAUAAAUUCCACUAUGCAACGCACAAUAUGCAAGAUUGUGCACAACCAUUAUAGUACAUUUUUUUAUCUCCUUAARAUUAGUUCAGUAAUCUUUAUAAAUCCGAA